GCGAGCGUGUUUCAUAUCUCGGUACCUGGUACAACAAAAAAAAAUGUGUAGCCUAAUAAUUCUAAUUCCUGAAUCACAUUAUAUCGUUCAUCAGUACUACAAAAGUAGUACAUGCCUAUAGUAUUAAGAUAUUCUAGACAAUCUUUCAUUAGCAUGCAGUAUAUUUUCGUAGCAUUGCUAAGCAUUUUGUGCUGUGCAAGUUCGUUUGAUUACAAAUGUUCACGUUCUGGAUCGAGAUGUCAUUUUCCGUUUUUCCUUUCAAGCACCAACCAGACACACCAUGGAUGUCUUCCCUACCAGCGAAGUGCAUUAUGGUGUGUUGUUAACAGAGAUGGACGUCUUGUACCAACAAUUUGCGUCCCAUGUUUAGGUGAUGGAGAAUGUUAUGUAAAAGCAAAUGACUAUCCAACUCAAUUUACUUUGGAAUGUCCUCGAUCAUGUGCGUUUGUCACCGCUAAUCUGUGGGGAACGAAUGUUUAUUCAAAUAAUUCAUUUGUCUGUGCUUCUGCAAUACAUGCUGGUAUUUAUCCAGCAACUGUGGGUGGAACAAUCAAAGUAGAAAGGCGGGAUCGUCCAUUAAGUUAUACAGGGUCGUCAAGAAACGCUCUUCGAUCUAAAACAAUAAUUUCCUCACAUACUGCAUUUCGCCCAACAAAAAUUCCAACACCUUCCUUUCCUGGUUUAAUUUACACUGUUGGGAAUAAAAUUAAAGUGAUUCCUUCAACCAAGGUGAAUCUACGACAUGAUAAGUUAACAUUGGUAUCAGGACAAAAUCGAAUUGUUUCUGUUGAUUUGGAUACCAGGAGAAAUUUUGUGUUUUGGAUCAUUGCACAUACAAGGCAGAUUAUGAAGGCAACUUUCAGUGAUGAUUACACAUCAGUUACAGAUACUACGGUUCUACAAGGACCAACCACGGUAAACAAACCAAUACAGCUAUCAUACGAUUGGGUCCAUGAGGUAAUAUACUGGACAGAUGCCCACAGUGUACGAGUUGCUAUGACAACUAGUAAUCACAUGACAUUUCUAAUCAAUCGUGACACGCGUUAUCAACCAGAUGCGAUUCAAGUUGAUCCAGAAUCUGGGUAUGUAUACAUCAGUGAUACUGGAAGUUCCCCCAAGAUUGAGAAAUGUUCGAUGGGAAAUCCAGAUUCCUGUACAUUAGUUGCGAGUGAAAACGUCCAACAGCCAACAGCAUUAACAAUUGAAACAUCUACAAGCAAAGUUUACUGGUUUGACAGUUCAACGAAAACUUUAAACAUGUGCCACAAUAGUGGUAUAGAUUGUCGAGUUAUUUUAACCUCAAAUAAAAUAAUCAGUUUUCCGGUUGGAAUGUUUUUAAACAAUAACAAAGUUUAUUGGAUUGAUGCUGGUGAUUUAACAAUAAAAUCUGUCGACCAGCGUACUGGGGAAAGAUUGCAUCUAUCAGCAGCAGGUUUGCAUCGACCAAGUUCAGUUAAAAGUCUUGAUCGACUUAAUCAACCAAUGGUCAGAAAGCGUUGCCAGCAUUCGGACUGUCCUUACUUUUGUCUUCCCGCUGGUCGUGCAUACAGAUGUGUGUGUCCUACCAAUGUAGCUUCGUGCAAUCAUACUUUUCAACAAUCCAAUGUACAGAUCUUUAUAGCUGAUGAUAAUAUUAUAAGACGUUUACGUGUUAAUAUGUUAACAGGGAGCAUUCAGGGAGACAUUAUAAAACGUGGCUUGAUAAAUGCAGCUGAUGUUGCUUACAGUUCAAUUACGAGUAAAUUAUAUUGGUCCAAUGAAACAAGUUCACAGUCUCGUAUAAACAAGAAGGAAGGAGUUGCAGUUGAUUGGAUUCACCACAAUCUAUAUUGGACAGAUGCUACAAGUAACAAAGUCAUGCUUGCUUUUGGUGAUGAGGGAAACUUGGAAAAUGUUUCAACUUUGAUUGAAAGAAAUUCUGACUACAGGCCAAGGGCAAUCGCAUUAGAUCCUGUGAAAGGCUACAUGUAUAUAAGUGAUAUUGGAAGUCAACCUAAGAUAGAGAAAUGCUGGAUGAAUGGUGAACAUUGUAUGAUUAUAAUUGAUCAAAAUAUUCAGCUUCCCAAUGGUAUAGCAUUAGACUUUUCAACACAAACAAUGUUUUGGACUGAUGGACAAUUAAAAACUUUGAAAAUAUUUCCCAAUCUCCGCUACCAUAUUCGAAGAGACAAAUUAAAGUUAUCAUUUUAUUACUAUGUCAUUUCCUUAGCUUGUAGAAGAGGCUUUCAACCAGAUGCAAACUAUACAGAUUGUGUGGAUAUUGAUGAAUGUGAAACUGAUACACAUCUGUGUGAACAGAUAUGCUUCAAUUAUGUGGGGAGUUACUUAUGUGUCUGUGGUGUUGGAUUUACAUUAAACCUGGACCGCCGCUCUUGUUAUGAUGCAGGUUGUUCCGGCAGUCCAUGUUUCAAUGGAGGUUUAUGUUCAGAUGUUCCCAAUGGUACAUACUCCUAUACUUGUCAAUGCUUGCAGGGAUUCAGGGGUCGCUUGUGUCGGGAAAUAUACAGUAGUAUCAAUGUAGCUUUAAGUGGAAAUGAGGUUUCAUUUGAAUGUAUUGUUCCAAGAGUUGUUACAUCAGUUAUAAAGUGGUAUAGGAAUCGUGAACGAAUAACAACUGCGAUGCGAAACACAUUCCUAACCUUUAAUGGUCGUUUGUUGAGAAUUUUCUUCCUAACUUAUCUUGAAGCUGGGGAUUAUAAAUGUCAAUUUGAACAUGGGGGUUCGGAAUAUGCCUCAACAUACUUUCUUGAAGUCCCGGUUCAACUUUCAGCCGUUUGUGGUCAAGCACCUAGCAUAACUGAUCGCAUUGGUGGAAGAAUUACAUCAGGUGUACCAACUGCACCUUUUAAUGGUCCAUUUAUUGCUAUGCUGGUAGAGGAAACUAUUGAAGGAAAUGAAACCAUUUGCGGAGGUUCUAUUGCUACAAGGAAUAAAAUAGUUACAGCAGCACAUUGCGUGCACGAUUUAAAUAUAACAUCAAUCCAUGUGUUUGUUGGCAAAGUGGUAACAGAUAUUACAUUGAUUGAACCGUACCAACAACAUUCCCUUAUCUCCCAUGUUGUAUUUCAUGAGAAUUACGAUUCCGUUAAUUUAAACUCAGAUAUCGCCGUUCUUACUUUAUCAACGCAAUUAGUAUUCACCAAAGCAGUCAAGCCGUUGUGUAUCCCGCUUCAUACUGACACAAGCCAAGAUAUCAAACCAAGGCCAAACAGAGGCUUAUCUAAGAUGGGGUUGGUGUUAGGGUAUGGAAGGACAAGACAUGGUGGUCCAGUUUCAACUCAAUUACGGGAAGUUCUGGUUGAAAUUCGCACACACGCCUUUUGUACCGAAAGAUACCGUACUGUCAACAAAGAGGUGACUUCAGUCAUGUUUUGUGCAGGUGGUGGCGCACAAGAUGCUUGUAGUGGAGAUUCUGGUGGACCAUUUGCUUUGUGGAGCAACAGAACACAGUCGUGGUGGUUGGCUGGUAUUGUAUCUUGGGGACCAAGAGGUUGUGGGGUGUCAAAUUUACCUGGCGUUUACACAAGAAUUGGCACUAGCAUGCGCCAGUGGAUACACAAUCAAUUAUAACUAGACAGCACAAACACCUAAAAGCAACCGAAAUGUUUAAGUGAGCAUGUUAUAACGAUCGUUGUUUUGCUCUUAACUCCCUUUUCGCCGUUGUUUUUAUGCUGCUAUGUUUUUUGUUGUCGCAUUUAAAGAGAUCAAUAAAAAGAGCCAUAUGAAGUUGCUAGUACAGAAUAACUUAGUAUUUUUAUUAUUCACUGCUUACAAUAAAUGAAAACUAAUAUUAGUUGCA